GAUAGCUUGCCUCCCACUCCUUCGUUCCCUUCGUCCUUCUUUCGGUGACUAUAUUCGGUUGUCAAUUGCAAAGAUGAUGUUCAAGCCCUCAUCGCCGCUCUUCUCCGGUCUUCUUUGGAAGAUUCCGUGGCGCCUCUCCCAGCCUCAGAAGGCUCGCCAGAGGAAGCGCCUCCGUGGCGUUGACCGGGUUGUCGACACUGUCUCCGCCGCGCUGGAGCGCAAUGGAUACACCACCAAGUCCGUCGAGCGCUGGUACAAGGAAAUGCCUCGCGAGGAGGAGAUGCUGCCGAAGGACAAGUACACACUGUUCGACAAGAAGGAGAAGAAGUACCGCAAGGGCAUUCACAAGCUACCCAAGUGGACCCGUGUCAGCCAGAGAGUGAACCCCCCGGGUUUCUAAACAGCUUAUACACGCAGAGUGUGUUGGGAAGCUGGCAAUCGCCUUUUACAUAUUUGUACCUGCAUUAUUCAACUGUACUAUACAUCACAUGCUGUGUCUGCCACGAUGCUCUACAAGAAGCGUCAUUGAAGGCACAGAAAGGAUUACCGGAGUUUUUGGCAACUGGGGAAUGACACCAUGACUGCAUUGUUCGCCUCGCUAUUUACCAUGUUCUUUAUUCAAGCCUAAGGCACAGGAUUCAAUUCGAUUUCAG